AUGGGUUCCCUAAGGUUGUUUAUCACCCACAGGAGGCGUCCGAAGAACACGCGGACGACAGCAUCAAGUGGGUUCCUCGGAUAUGUCUGCGUUUGUACCGUCGUUGCUCUGGGUGACACCGUGUUUCGUCUCACGGACCAAUGCUCCGUCAAGCACGAUUUGGUGAGAUACAAGGCGUUGAUCUUGAGCAGAUGGAGCACCCACUUUCCAAGCGAUCGUGAGCUCUGGCAGGACGCAGCCGAUCUUGAGGCCCGAGAAGAGGACGACAUCUCUGGUGCAAACGACGCUCUGGGCCUUGUCAAAAGAGACGCCCUGCGACGUGAUGACAGGCCCGCCAGUAAACCAGACAAUGAGCUUGGAGAAUUCGUUGUUUACCCAGACUCGGAAUCGGACACCGAGGACACCCCAGAACCGGCUGUCACUUCCUGUCUAGGCCUACAGGGAGAUGACCGUAGCUGUUUGAAAGAUUGGCUCGAAGUCUCCCAACUUGUCGCCUUCCCACCAUCUUCGGCCAAGAGAUCCACGCCAGAAUUUGAUCCGACUGUCAAAGCCCCCGACAAGAGUACGAAGGAUGGAGGCAAAGAGAAGGCCGAAGUUGGGCAGAUGAUCUCCGUCCAAGUGGUCUGCAUCCUCUUGUCGUACACUGCAAAGGUCCACGAAAUGGGGCCCGAGGAGGACGUGGCUCGAGUCGGCCGGCACGUCCAUACGCUGGCGUUCUGGGUCAACGUGUUGGACUUUUCCGGAGGCGAGAAGAUGCUCGAGCGGUAUCGCGCUGUCAUUCCGUGGGGCGAUGUGGUUGCGUCCGGUACAGGACUCGUCCGAUUCCUCAACAGAGCCGAACGUAUCUGUCGGAGCUCGAUCAAGAAUCUGACCAGAGAGCAGAGGAAGAGAGCAAAGGCGGCAAGACGGCAGAGGAAGAAAGCCCAAGACGGCGAAAAGACGAACCCCGACUCGAAAGAGCAGAUCACCGGAGUGAAAGCAGACGUCAACGUGGCCGAGAAGCACGACUCCAUGGAACCGGCAGCGGACGGCAAGCCCAGCCGAGCGCACACCGUCAAGUGGCGCGGACGUGGUCAAGUCCCCGUUGAGCGUGUUCAUACCGCCUCGAGCCAACACUUGUUCAAAAGACACCGAGGCCUUAACCCCACGCCCGAGAACUAUACCGACGAUAUCUCGAAGCCCGGACUCGUUAUCGAACGGGAGACAGUGACGAUAGUGGCCGUCACCGAUCCCAAGAAGGAGAAUCUUGAAGAUACCACGAUCACCACGAUCACUACGAGCCAAAGACGCAUCGAGAGAGACAGAGGAAACAGGUGGCGAUAA